AUGGCUUGUCCAGCUGCUCUGCUUGUGUCCAUGGGGCACCAGUCAGGGGCUCUCCAAACCCUCCGGACUGCCGCAGCACCCCAUCAUCCCCACAGCCUCCAGCAGCCUUCCCACACGCAAACCCUCAGCGCUGGCAGGUCUGGCCCAGCUUGGCACAGCCCAGGAGAGGAGAUGGAGGUGUUCAAGCCUGGUCGGGCUCAGGAGCUGGAGGAAGAAAGAAAAGCCCCAGGGAAGAGCCCUAAGCAAGGAGACGAGAGUGGAGACCUGGCUCCUUUCAGCCCAGGUGGGCUCAGGCCAGAGAGGCCAGCCCAGCCAGGGCUGGUGAGGCAUGAGACACUUCGAGAGAUGGCUCUGCACAGCAAGCUGUCCCGACUGGUAGAAACAACUUCCCGGCUUCUACAAGUAGAGCAGACUCUCCUGCUACCUCUCCUACAGCAGCAUCCUCUUCCUCUCCACCCAAAA